AAACAAAGUGUGUCCUUCAGAUGGAUUGUGAAGUUCUGCAUGGUCUUAAAGAGUCCAUCGCUCUCAUGGGUUGAUGAAAGAGCAUUUGAUGCUUACAGAAGUAUCCUUUUACACUGGUGCCUCUAUGACCAUGAGGCAGCAAGGAUAAGAAGAAAACAUGGCGCCAAAGAGAAAGGCAGCAUCUGCCUCCAAAGCAGGUGGAAAGAAGGUAAAAGAGGAGCCUGAAACUCCAGUAAAAGACAAGUUCACCUCUGCUAAAGAAGCUCUGAAGGCCACAGGACCACAGGUUAAGGCCAACCGGAAACCAGACUGUUUAUGUCGCCUAUCAGAUGCUGAGGUUCAUGAAGAUUAUGAUUGUAUGCUGAACCAGACCAACAUUGGAAAUAACAACAACAAAUUUUAUGUAAUCCAAGUCUUAUUGUCAGGAGGACAGUAUUAUUGCUGGACAAGAUGGGGCAGAGUAGGAGAAGCAGGACAGAACAAUUUAGCUGGACCUUCAAAUGUUGAUGCUGCAAUUAAGAACUUUGAAAAGAAAUUCAAAGAGAAAACAAAGAACAACUGGAGCGAUCGGGAUAACUUUGUCUCUCAUGCAGGAAAAUACACUCUGAUUGAGGUGGAAGGAGACCAGGAUGCAGAAGUGAUGGUUGAUGCUGUAGGUAGCAGACCAGUGACAGUAAAAAAGAACAUUCUGCCUUGCACACUGGACGAUGCAACUCAAAGACUCAUGAAGUUCAUCUUCAACAAUGACAUGUUCAAGGAGGCCAUGGAGAGCAUGAACCUGGACAUUAAGAAGAUGCCACUGGGGAAACUGAGUAAGCAGCAGAUUGCUAAAGGCUUUGAGGCCUUAGAAGAGAUUGAGGAGGCAAUAAAGAAGAAAAGUAAUGAAAGCAAGUUAGCAGAGCUUACUUCUAAGUUCUUCACCAUUAUUCCACAUAACUUUGGCCGCAAUAGACCCCCUGUCAUCAGAGAUGAUGUUAUUCUUCAGGACAAGAAGGAGAUGCUUCUGGUCUUGGCAGAUAUAGAGAUAGCCCAAAGCCUUAAAGCUGAGUCGGAAAAAGCGAAGGAGGAGAUGGUGGAGACUGUUCCUCAUCCAAUAGACCAGGACUACCACUCUCUAAAAUGCAACCUCACACUCAUGGAUAAAAAAUCUAAAGAAUUUAAGAUUAUUGAGAAGUAUUUAAAUGCCACUGGCGAAAGACUCUCCAUAGUAGAUGUAUGGGAAGUGGACAGAGAUAAAGAGGCAGAGCGCUUCAGAGACCAUGAUGCUUUGGGGAACCGGAAGCUUCUGUGGCAUGGUACUAACGUGGCUGUAGUGGCAGCCAUUUUGAAAAGUGGCCUACGCAUCAUGCCACACUCUGGUGGUCGGGUGGGCAGGGGGAUUUACUUUGCCUCAGAAAAUUUGAAGUCUGCUGGUUAUGUCCGAACAUCAAAGAAUAUUGGCAUCAUGUUUCUGAAUGAAGUUGCUCUGGGCACGGAAUGCACCAUCACGAGAGAUGACCCAAGCUUAAGGAAGGCUCCUGACGGCUAUGACAGUGUGGUAGCACGUGGGACACAAGAACCAGAUCCCUCAAAAGACGUCGUCAUUCACCUGGAUGGGAAGAACGUGGUUGUGCCACAAGGGAAAGCCAUGAAGCAACCUCAGUAUGAAAACAGCAACUUCUACAACAGUGAGUAUCUCAUUUACAAGGAGAGUCAGUGCCGCAUCCGCUACCUGCUGGAGCUCCGCUUCUAGCUUCUGCUGCAAGGGGACUGGCAAAACAUACAGAAAACUGCUCCGUUAAAGACACAAGUCUUUAAACUAAAGUUGCUUUUGUGGUACAUUCCUAGUUAACCAAAGCCUAUCAAGAGUCUGAUUUGCUGACAUGUUCAGCAUAACUUAAUUUGACUAAAUAAUGCCCUCAAUAAAUAAAAAUUUGUUGAUGAGGUUUACUUGAAAUUCAUGGGGAGGAUGUGUGGUGGUACUGGUAAUUUUUUUUUUUAAAUUUGCUGAAGCCUUUUCAAAUUACAAACACAUUUUUACAUUUGACAGACAUUUUACUUCUGAUUGUUUUUCUGCUUUUUGAACAAAAGGCAAAUUUGGAGUGCCUUCCUUUUAUUAUAGAAUCUGCUUGAAUGGUUGUUUAGCCAUUACAGUUGAAUAAUGCACCUUCUAAAAAUAUCCCGUGUGGAACUGAAAUUUUUGCAAUAUAUAGAGAAGUUUAGUUAAAUUGCGCUGAAAUUUCCAUUUAUUUUGUUAGUCUGUUCUGUAUUGGCUUUCUAUCCUGACUUUCUUUUUAAUUUCUUUGAAGUUUCAGGUUAUAUUUGUGCUUGUGUUCCUGUUUUUUUUCCUUCUUUUUUUUUUUGGUUAAGAUGUUCUUUACCUUUGGUAAGAUUUUAUGGUAGUAAUCUAUCCAUCAAUGCCAUCAAUGCCAACUGAAUCAUGUGCAGCAAGAAAGGAAAUCUUGAAAAAAAUUGGUACUGUUCUAUUGCUGUAUGAAAGGAAAUCUUGCAAGAAAGGAAAUCUUGAAAAAAAUUGGUACUGUUCUAUUGCUGUAUGAAAAGCAAAAAAAAAAAACAUUUAAAGCAUUACUUUGUACUAACUUCAAAGGAGCUACACAGUUGUUUAUGAAUUUACAUUAGUGUUAUUUACAAAAUCUUUAUAAAUUGAUGACUAAGAUUAAAUUAAUGCUAAGAAAAACAACAUAGUAACUGAUCACAUAGUUUGCUGACUUUUCAAAGUGGUGAUCUGCCUGGGUCUCAUUCAAAAUCAUACAAAAGGUACAUACUCCUUUAAAAUAAAAUCAAAAACAGCACCCAGGAUUCCACUUUCUUAUUUCAUGUGGCUUGUUUAAAAUUUUAUGAGGUUGUAUUUGUCCAUUAUUCUUUCUGUGUAGUACUUUAUAAUACAUUAUGUAUUAAUUAUAGAGAUAAGUAACUACAAUUCUAUUCUUUCUGUGUAGUACUUUAUAAUACAUUAUGUAUUAAUUAUAGAGAUAAGUAACUACAAUGUUUUGAUUUGUGUGUACUCCAAAUUGAAGUUUAUUAUGCAUCUCUGCAUAUUGUACUAUGAACAUAACAUGGAUAAUGUUAUCUCCAAUGCUUGCUUGAAGUGCAAUAUAUUGCAUUGUCCAUCUGCACUUUGUUUUAAUAAUUGAUUUUGAAGGAAUGUCGAGCUCUCAAGAGUGCCUUGGGUAAACUUCUUUAUGUGGUGGCUCAACAGGUGGAAAAUAAACAAUUGUGUGCUUAAA